AUGUUAGGAGUUUUUUUGUAUAUUUUCGAAGUUAAGAAGGAGUUUCUAGUGUGUAUAUCGUUAUCAAUACUGUACAUAACCUAUUAUCUUGUGGAAGUAGUCAAGAAACCUAUAUUGAUAUGUCGCAAAGGAGAGUUUCGACAGUUCUUAGAAGAGAAUGUCCCUCUGUUAAGUGAACCAUACUGGCCUACACCAUGGUGCGUGGAGUCUCGAUUACAGACUGUAAUAGGCUCAGUACUACGGUCAUAUUUACUUCCUCGUAUAGAGUAUAGACGUGAGGUCUUGCGGCUGUCGGACGGCGGGCAGGUGGCGCUGGACUGGGCGGAGGUGCCGGGCGGCGAGGCGCGGCCCGUGAUGCUGGUGCUGCCGGGGCUCACGGGCGGCGCGCAGGCCGACUACGUGCGCUGCCUGGCCGCCGCCGCGCGCCGCCUCGGCGUGCACUGCGUCGUGGUGGCGGCGGUGCGCGGCGCGGCGCGCGGCCCGCUGCUGGCCGUGGGCGUGUCGCUGGGCGGGCUCAUCCUGGGCCACUACCUGGCGGAGCACGCGGAGGCGGCGGCGCGCGCGCUGGCGGCCGCGCUGGUGGUGUCGUCGCCGCUGGACGUGACGCGCGGCGCCGAGUGCAUGGAGCGGCCGCUCAACGCGCUGCUGUCGUGGCACAUGGCGCGCAACCUGCGCAACACGGUGCGCGCGCACGCGCCGCUGCUUGCGGGCGGCGCCGCGCUGGAGCGCUGCCGCUCCGUGCGCGCCUUCGACCGCGCCUUCACGGCCGAGCACUUCGGCUUCGCGUCCGCGGAGGCGUACUACCGCGAGGCGUCGCUGGCCGGCAAGCUGGCGCGCGUGCGCGUGCCGCUGCUGUGCCUGUGCGCGGGCGACGACCCGUUCCAGCCGCACGGAGUGCUGCCGCUGGCGGAGGCGGCGCGCAGCGCGGGCGUGGCGCUGGCGGUGACAGCGCGCGGCGGCCACAUCGGCUUCCUGGAGGGCUGGUGGCCGGCGCCGCCGGCGCGCGCGGCGCACGACCAGUACAUCGCGCGGCUGGCCGCGCAGUACUUCGGCGCGCUGCUGCGCCGCGACCCGCGCGCACCGCCGCUGUGCGCGCCCGCCGACGGCCAUUCCGAGUAUUAUCAC